UUAAGGUAGAAAGAAGACUAACCAGAACCGUAGAAGGAGUCGUCGUCGGUUUACGCAAUCACAAAGAAAGACAAGUCAACGACAAUGAAUUGUCAACGCCUUCGUGUUUACACGUCUCUUACCUCUCUAUCUCUAUCUCUCAAUAAUCUCUCUUUCUUUCAUACCCAUUAUUGAAGCAAUUCUUCAUUUCUGGCUGCUGGAGAUUCAGAAAUAUGGCCAAUCGUCCACACGUGCCCAAAUUCGGAGACUGGACCGAAGAUGCUCCUGCAUUCACGGUCGUGUUCGAAAAAGUGAGCAAAAGCAAGAAAAAUAUGAACGUGUCCAACCCGAAUGAAUAUCCAGAAAUGAAUCCAAAUGCUGCACAAAAUCGAAAUAUGUCUAGGCAUGACCAACAACCACCAAACCAUAAUGUUAGACCAAGACAUGGAAGAUUCAAUAGCAGAGAAGAAACUGAAUUCAGACCGUCUCCUGCACACAAUGAAAGAAACAAAAGAGUUAGAUCAGUUCCUCCCACACCAGAAACAUACAACAAUCAAUCAUAUGGUGGAGGAGGCAGAUCAAUGGGAAAUCCGUCGGAAACAAAUAGACGGCAAUCACGUGAUCAUGACCCGGUGCGGCCCAUACGCAAUCUUAGAGGUCAAAGUAGUGAAAGGGUGGCGACUAUUCCGCCAUUUCCUGGAACUGGUUCGAACAUGGAGAAUCAGAGUUACACACUCAUCUUUGACAAAGUGAAAGAAGAUAGGAACCAUGCGAGAUCUUCUAAUGGAACCGAUCAUAGCACCCCGACUCGACCCAUUAUCAACCAACAUCAUCAACCUUUACCUUCUAGUCCCAAGGGUUGCUGUUUUCCUCCAUGGAACCGAAAGGGAAGCUAAUGAAGAUGAUCAUUUUCCUUUCUUUCAUAAAUCCUCUCUUUUUUUUUUUUUUUUUUUCCUUAUGCUUGUUUUCUUUUAAUUUCUUUAUGUUAUUCUUAUGGGGAUGUAGGGAGUAGUUUUGGCUAAAACAAUCUGCAACUUCUGUUACUCUAUUUGUGUUUUAUUUUUGGGUUCUCAAUUUGACUCUGAGAGCUUCUUGAUAUAUUAUACUUUUUCGGUUUCACAAAAAGUGUCGUUUUAGAGUUAUUA